CAAUAAGAACAAUGAGGUUUUGAAUGGCAAUUUAGACACAGAGAUCAGAAUUCCGAGCGACUUUCGGUGCCCGAUUUAUUUGGAUUUGAUGAAAGAUCCCGUUGCGUUAUCCACCGGGAUCACGUACGAUCGAGAGAGCAUCGAAAAGUGGAUCGAAGCGGGGAACCAAACCUGUCUAGUCACUAAUCAAGUAUCGACAAGCUUCGAUGAAAUCCCAAAUCAUGCACUGUGCAGGAUGAUUCAGGAUUGGUGUGUUCAGAAUCAUUCUUAUAGGGUUGAAAGGAUCCCGACGCCUCGAAUCCCAGUGACCCAAUAAGAGGCUUCGGAGAUUUGUUCAAGAAUUGCGGUCUCAACUCAACGCCGGGAUCACAAAAGAUGCCGAGAGUUGGUGGCGAAGAUCAAUGCGUGGGUAAAGGAGAGCAAACGUAACAGGCGGUGUCGUUCUGCAACGCCUUCGCGGCUGCCAACUCCUACGCCACCUAUUUGAAGAACACAGGCGCUGCCCUCAGUGACUACGCGCACGACGAGGUCACCCACUUUCCUAUCUCCUCCUUCGUCACCCAACCGAUAUACUCGCAGCCAUGGACCAAGCUAUUGCCAUUGGGGUUCUUGUGCUUUGCCAGAAACUCUGGCCCUGGCUCGGGCCCAUAUACAACGGUGAACAUUGCUCCUUGGAUUCUGACCGUCGGUGCUUCUAUGAUCGAUCGGGAGUUCCGACUGAUGUGGUUCUCGACGAUGGAAGGGUUUUCGCCGGCGUGUCUCUGUAAUCAGUCUGAAAGAUAGACACUCUCAGGGAGAUUCCGAUCGCUUUAUAGUCUCAGCACGCUCACCCUGUGUCUGACCCCCAAGCAUCAAAACCGCGGAACUCCAUGGGAGCAAACGAAAGGCUAACGUUUUCUGUUGAUGUGAACAAGGUGGAGAUUGUUGUUCUCUCUCGUCGCUAUCAUUUGGUCCCAACCAACAAAGACCCAUGUGUCAUUGAACGGUAAUGUAGCAUUUCCAUCCGAAAGUUCACUAUUUACGGGGGACUAAAGCUGAUAUCUUUGGCAUUUUCUUGGGUUCUUUUCUGGUUUGAAUUUUGAGCUUGUUGGUGGUUCUUUGACUUGUAGUUCUUUUGGGAAGUUAAUAGUAGAUCAAGAUCUCCAUUCUGAAUUUUUAGAUUCUUAGGACAGUGGUAAGAUAGGGACAGAAGGUUGCAUUUUGAACUAGUUUUGGUGUUUAUCUGCUCAAGAAUGUCUUCGUGCGGUGGGGGAUUGGUCGAAUUUUGUGUGAUAGUUUUAUUUGGGCUGGCUAUUGAUGCUUCAACUAUAAUUAGAAAUCUUGUCUCAUAUUAGAUGCAUGCAGCAUAGAGCUGAAUCUCAGUAUUGUACUUGUAAAAAUUGAGUUGGCUCAAUUUGUUUGACGGAUUUAAGAUUAAUUUCGACCCCUAUAGGGAGUAAAAUGUUGAAACGAGGGCUCAACUUUUAUCUGUUUAUCAUGUUCAGUGGGAAGGAGAAUGAGUUUGUAAUUGAUGUAGAUGCAUCUUAGUGGUAAUUCUGAUUUUGGGUAGCUCUUUAAGCUGGUUUGAAGUUAGUAAGAUUUGGAUUCCUCUUGAUGGCUUCUAUUAGAAGAACCUUGUCUCCAGUGCCUCGACCUGUAGCUUUACAAAAUGGGGAAGUCUGUUCAGUUGCUUCUCCCUUGUCCAGGUCCUCAUCAUCUCCUCAGCACUAUCCACCGGACGGUGGAUUGUUAUCUUCUUUGUUUGGUUCAUUGGACUCUCAAGCUUUUGUUUUUGGUAUUCUUUCACCAAGAUCUUCUAGGCCCCUUGAGAGGUCAAAACCAAGGGUGCAAAUGUGGAGGAGGUCUCUUUUCCAUUUUUUCAUUUGUUUCAUGGUUGGGGUUUUCAUGGGACUUACCCCUUUUGCCUCAAUGAAUUUAUCCAUGAAUCCCAUGUCAAAGCAUCAAUCUUUCUCAUUUGAGGUAAUAUCCACUGUUGGGAAUUUUCAGUCACAUGAAAAUGUGACCAGAACUGUGUCAAGAUUAGACGGUGGGGACGUGAGACGUUCUGCAACAUUAAAGUCAGAAGUGGAGGAUCUGGAACUGAUGGAUGAGACCCAUGAGGAUAAAUUUGAUACCCAGCCACUCAGUGAAGAUUCAAAUUUGGUUUUGCGGAAGCUUUUGAUAAUAGUGACACCAACAAAUGCCGGGCCAUUUCAAGCCUAUGAUCUGAUACGUUUAGCUCAGUCAUUAAAGUUGGUCCCAUCUCCUCUCUUAUGGAUUGUUGUUGAGAUGACCUCCCAAUCUGCAGAAACAGCUGAUAUCUUGAGGAGAACUGGGGUUAUGUACAGGCAUCUUGUUUGCUAUAAAAAUCUAACGGACAUAAAUGAUGCAUACAUUCAUCAGAGAAAUGUGGCACUGUCUCACAUAGAAACUCACCGUCUCGAUGGAAUCGUUUACUUUGCAGAUGACAAUAAUGUCUACUUGGCCGAUCUUUUUGAGCAAAUGAGGCAGAUCAGGUGCCAGCUAUAUUACAUGGAGCAGAAAGUGCAUAAUUUAUUCCUCAGAGGCUAUCAUUCAAAGUGGCGGGAGUUCAAGAUGUUCGAGCCUAUGGAUGAGUGUUUGAGGCGAUUUGGAACAUGGACAGUGGCCAAACUAACUGGGAAUAAAAGGCAAGCUAUAUUGGAGGGGCCUGUUUGUAAUGAAACUCAAGUAAUUGGAUGGUACAUAAAUGAAUCACAUCUGAGAUUUCAGAGAUUCCAUGCUGAAAUGUCUGGUUUUGCGUUCAAUAGUACCAUACUGUGGGAUCCAAAGAGGUGGCACCGGCCCACUCUGGAGCCUAUUAGGCAACUUGACACAGUCAAGGAUGGCUUCCAAAUUAGCACAUUUAUUGAACAAGUUGUGGAAGAUGAAACCCAGAUGGAAGCCUUACUGCAGGACUGCUCAAGAAUCAUGGUUUGGAAUAUUUACCUUGCACCAUCUGCUUCUUUCUAUCCCAGCAAAUGGUUAAUGAAGAAUAAUUUAGAUGUCAUUCUUCCCCUUACGUGAAGUUCUUGAUGUGAGAGGAGUCAAUUUGGGUAGUGAAGGAAAGAUAGUCAAGAAUCAUUGAUCAUCCUGUUUCUGUUUAUCUUCACUUUGGCUGAUUCCUGUUUAGAGUGCAAAUCUUGUAAGGCUGGCCGAGACAGUUCCCCUUGAUAAGAUGGUGGAGUUUUUGCGCACAAAUUUUCUGCCCAUUAGGCUUUGAAUUAGUGUUAGUUUCCUUUAUUUCAAGGAAAAAAAAAAAAAAUUGUACAGUUAUAUGAGUUGUCCAAUAACUCAUAAACCAUCUACCUUGGCUGCCCUCUUAAACCAGUGAAAUUCAAUCUAAUUGGAUAGGAAGGAAUAGCGAGGUAGCAAACCAUCUUCAUCUGCAGAGUGAUGCAAGUUCCACUAUUUCAGUUAAGUUGCGUUUUCUCUUUGCAUGGGCGUGGUUUAGUUAUUCCAUGUGAACACUAAAAGCAAUUGAAUUUAGUUAGUUCUCUGGGCAUUUGGUCCAUUGACAUGACAGGCCUGUGCAUCUA